GCCAGGUGCAGCCAUUGCAUGCCGGGUAGCGGAGGCUGUGUGAGUUGAGUGCAGUAAUGAGGCGGCUGACCGCUGCCUGUUUCUCUGGUAAACAAACAGCGUCAGCGGCCGCCGGUGUUUGAUCCAAGCUAUGAGGAGUGCCACGUUGUGUCCAGAUAAUCUGCCGUGCAGACUAUGUUGUGUUGGUCCGCCAAGUGGCGCUUCCUGAGCCCAGUCGCCGCCGUAUCCCAAGCCAUGUACGCCACACGCAUCUACAGUGCCGCCGGAGGAGGGGGUGGAGUCAAGGCCGGGAAAAGGGGCGGACUCACUGUGCUUGAUACGCAUACCCCGUACCUUCACCAGCACCGGGCGCCACUUCCCCUUCCUACCUACCCUCUGUACCAGGGCAGGCCUGGCGACCACCGGGGAGCACAUUUUCACCACCAUUACCAUCAGCAGCCUGCCCCUCUGGCCCCGCCCCCAAUGCCCCCUAAUUGCCCGCACCACGCCCACCUCCACACGUACAGCGGCGGUGUUCCGGCCGGCAGGUCAGGCGGAAAGAAGAAGUCGUGGAACUUCAUCCACGAGAAGAUGAGCUACGACACUUUUUUCACGAUGAAGCGUCUAAUAGAGCGCUCACGGCGACCCGAUGAGGUUCUGCGCUGGCUUGCACAGAACCCGGCCAAGAUCUCCCACAACCACUACCCCAUCGCGCUACACAAAAUCGCACAGCUGCUGCAGGCCACGUCACCACCACCACCACCACCACCGCCACCUCCGCCUCUUGACAACGGGGCUGUUGCAGUAAAGUGUGGUCGCCAUGUUCUGGAGCAUCAGGACUUCUUGUUGCUGUGCGACGCCAUCGUCAACGACUGUUCUAAAUUGGACAACUUCAGCAUCGUCAACUGUCUAUACGCUGUGGCGGCGCUCGGUCUAUCCAGCGAGACUCCGGUGGUUCAAGUUCUCGAGGCUGAGUCUCAGUCCAGACUGGGCCAGUUCAACCAGAAGGACGUGUCCAUGGUGUUCAGUUCCAGCAUGAAGCUUCAUCCGGGCAGCCAGCACCCGCUCACCGAGGCCUGCCUGCUCGGCCUGGAGAAGAACCUGGAGCGAGAGCACCACCCGCAGACCCUAUUCCUGCUGCUCUCCUACUACCGCCUCAAGUGGCACACACUGAAGCCGCAGGGAGUUGCAACAACCGAUGACACCGCGCCGCCUAACCCUGAACAGCUGCUAGUUAACAGGAAGAUCCUGCGUCUGGUCAAACACACUCUUGCCAGCGUCAGUGGCGUUCGUGACCAGGAGAUGACGCUGUUGGAUGAGAUGUUAGCAGUGUGUGCCAAAGAGGCCAGCAACAAGAGUCUGGAGUUCAUCUUCAACUCUCACCUCUUCUACCAGAACCGACAGGAGAGGUUCAUCCGAAGCUUGGCAGAGGAGCUGCCAAAAAAGGAGGAGAGCAUCAGCGCGUACACAAUGGCGUUGAUCGCUAAAUAUAUCGCUCGACACCGCUUGAGAGAGACACAGCUGCUCGACACCAUCGCAAGCUUCCUGGUCAAAAGGGCGGAGUACCUGGACAGCAAGGUUAUCCAGAAGCUGGUUUUUCCAUUCAGCAGGAUGAAUUAUCGUCCAUCCAACGAGGAUAAGUUCUUCUUACGUUUAGAGGAAGUGGUGGAGUUGAAGGCGCUCAGCUCCCCGCUCGCCACCGUCAACAUCCUCAUGUCCCUCUUCCAAUUGGGACACUUCCCGGGGCCUGUGCUGCACCGGGUCUUCUCUCCCGCCUUCAUCAGCAAUGUCACCAAUAGUCCAUACGCCCUCAUCGUCCGCCGCUACCUGUCUUUAUUGGACGCCGCUGUCGAAUUGGAGUACCAUGACUACACCGGACCACGACUACACCACUCCCACAAAGUGCUCAUGUUUGACCACGCUCUUACUGCGGAUGAAGUCAAUCGCAAGUACAGUUAUAAGGGUCUGGUGGCUGAGGCUCUCAGGCAGCUGCUUGGACAGCACCACUACAAGCAGGACCAAGUACUGGCUCCUGGAUACUACACAGAUUUUGUGUUGUGGAUGGACUCCUCCGGACGGGUUCUACCGAUACAGUCAGGCGCACCUCUGGCUCCAGGCUCUACUCCUGCGGCAUGUGUGGGUUCUAAGGGUGGCGUGGCGGAGGAAUCUGGUCAGGAGUCACUGGAGUCGGACAAAACGACAGAUGGUUCUAAAGAAUCCAGGUCCUUUCAGUCUCAGCACACCCAUAGCACGCCGGGGGCCACAGCCCCCUCAGCACCCCCUCAUCUUGGGGACAGAGGCGGGCCCUCUGACUACGGUACCUACUGCGUGCCCGUAGUGGAGUACUACUCCAGCGUGUCAAAGGAGCACUCGCUGGAAAGCCACGACAGUUCCACGCUUAGCAGCCCCCCCUCUGAUGCGCCACCACCACUGGCGGCCCAAGGACCCACAUGUGGCACAGCUCCAAACUCCAUCUUCCAGUUCUCCAUUAGUAAGAUCCUGGAGUAUGAGGCGGAGACAAAGCCCUCUGGCGAUCAAGAGGAGGAAUUCUGUGAGUCUGCGACAGGAAACGACAGGUCUGAGGCAGACGGGGAGUGUCCAUCAACGGCGCAACUCAGCCCAACAUGCCCGCCCGAACCUGACAAGACAGAAGCGAAGCACAUAAGGAGGCUCGUCGUCUCAGUUAACGACAAGUGGCACUACUGCCACAACUCUGACGUCCUGGUCGGAUCCCGUGCCAUGAGAGACCGCCACUUGAAGCUGCUGGGAUACAUCGUCCUACAGCUGCCCUAUCAUGAGCUGGAGAAGCUCAAUGGCAUCGAGCAGGUGAAGACAUACCUGCACGCCAAACUGCAGGACAUCCCACGAUGACACUGUGUUUGACGUGUAAUCCUGUGAUGAAUGUGCGUGUUUGAGAGAGUGUUUCUGUGAUGAGUGUGCGUGUUUGAGAGAAGUGUUUCUGUGAUGUGUUUGCACGAUCAACAUUUUAAAGCGGAAUGACGACGUUGCUAUCAUUGACUUUAACAUGACAGUAAAAACUUUUUAUCAAAUCAUCAAUCAGGUUGUCAACUGGGGCUGAUGGGUGUUUGUGCACUCAGCUGUGUGUGUGAGGUAUGAAGAUGGGUAAAAGGUGAGAUUAUUUAUUUAUCAGGUGACGGAAGAAUUGUUUAUAUUCAAUAAAUCAAACUCUUCUAACA